AUGUCGAGCAGCCAGCAAAACCGGGGUGAUGCCGGCAGCAGCGUCAGCAGUGACGAGGAAGCCGACACGGUGGGAUUUGGCGAAACAUUUGCGACCUCUGCAAAUGCCAUGUUUGGCGACGUGAUGCACAGUGCCAACGGAAUGCUUGUGAAUGGUGGCCUCGGCGCGGCUGGCUCCAAGAACAACCACGGACAGUUUGCGUCCGCCGCGCAGUUCGCUUCGCGCGGUGGUGUCUCCACUUCAUCACCACCCAGCAUUGCUGUCGGUGGCAUGCAAUCGCUGUCGACGCCAAUCCUCACCUCGUCGUCCUUUUUGCAGGCUGCGGCUGCGGCUGCGUCGACGGUCGCUGCCGGCUUGGUCAGCCACGCCAAAUCGAUUUGCCAGUGGAUUGGCUGUGGUUUGGACUUUGCCACACUCGACAUGAUGGUCGAGCACCUCAUGAUUGAGCAUGUCAAGUCGCGACGCAACAACCACGACAACUGGGACGGCUUUUGCGGCUGGACUGGCUGCGUCCGCAACGGUCGUGCAUUCACCACGCGCCAGAAGCUGGUGACGCACCUGCGAACGCACACUGGCGAGAAGCCAUACGAAUGCACCAUCAACAACUGCGGCAAGCACUUUUCCCGCCUCGACAUUCUCACAAAGCACAUGCGCUCGCAUUCCGGCGCAAAGCCGUUUGCGUGCCCCGUCCAAGGCUGCGGCAAGCGCUUCUCCGAGGCCAAGUCCCUCGAACACCACUCGACGUCGCACACUGCGGCAGACAAGCCCUUUGUCUGUGUGUACCCGGGGUGUGGCCGCCGCUACUCUGACGUGGCCAGCCUCUAUCGCCACAGCGAAGCGCACAUCAGCACUGCGGCGGCUGCCAUGGGACGAUCUCCGGAUGGUGUGAUGCCUUUCCAACAAGUGGUGCAAGUGCCAAGCCAGACGCAUUUUAUCGCACACCAAGGCCAAGCAGUCGGCAUGUUUCCGUCCAACGUGACGCUGCUCACGCCUUCGAGCAACAGCGCCUCCAGCCUUGGCUUUCUGAACUCGUCAGGAAGCAGCUCGAACUUGGGCUUUGUCACCACGGCGCCGGCCCCUUCCAUGGCGCAAACUCCCUCCUCUGGCAGUAAAACGACGACCUCGUUUGCAGACAUGAUUGACAUGAGCUACCCCAGCCUCGUGCAGCAUCAAAAGCCCAUGGUUGCAUCUCAAAUGCAACAGCAGCCACAGCUGCAGAUGCAAAUGCAGCAGCAGCAGCAGCAGCAGCAGCAGCAAGCUCCGCGCCCUGUGAUGAAAAUGCACAGCUUCCCAACGACGGAGGCAGUCGGCACCUUUAGUCAUUCUGCCUUCCCAUCCCCGUUGUCGAUGCCCGCGACCAGCCCUCGCGACUUGUACACCAAGUCACCUCGUCCGAGCCAGGAUGUUGUCUACCACCCAGUCCAAGUGAUGCAGGUGCAACCCUUCCAACAGCAAGCCCAGCAGCAAACCCGCCCGCAUCUGGUGCCCAUGGCUGCUGCUCCGCACCCGCUGCAGCCGCAGUUUGCAUACGCACCCAUGCCCGUGUACCAAACGCAAGUGAUCCCGCAGCAGCAGUUUGUCAUGCAGCAGCAGCCAUCCCAAGCCCAACAGCUCCAGCAAAACUCUGUCGCCAACGCGCAACAGGAGCACAUUGCUCAGUACCGCGAGGCUCAAGAGACGCACUCCUCGCCAAAGCGCGUCCGCGUGUCCUCCAGUGACUCGUCCAGUAGUGGCCAGACGCAAGCUGUGCCCAUCGGCAAGCCUGUUGUGCAAGAAGCCAGCGAUGCAACCAUGGCCCUGCUGUCGUUGAGCACGUCCCCUAACAAUCUCUUCUGGCACGACCAGUCCCCUACGUAUCCCGCCGAGGCUUUAACGAGUGCUUCCUCCCAGUGA